AUGGACAGACAAGAAUAUUUAGAAAAUCAUCAAAACUUAUCUGAGUUUGCUAAAGAUCACCAAUUAAGUAGAUCUUCAUGAAAUUUGUCAAUUCUGAAAAAUAAAGCACCCGUUAUAAGCGGACUCCGCACAGAGCUUAUGCAAAAUUCUUUUAUAAAAAAGCUUAACUUUUUGCUACCAAAACUCCCAGAGCACCAAAAAUUCAAUGUAUUUUCCCAUUUAAUCAAUAAUCAUGAUUCAGACAACAAUUUGAGGCUAAAUAUUCCGCUUACUCUGUUAAGAGUAGAUAAAAUGCCAGUAUCAUUUUUAAUUCAUACGAAGAAAAACGGAAAAAUAAUUUCAAAGCCAUGUGCUGAUGAAGAAUUUUUUAAUUUGUUUAAAUCAUCAGAAGAUGGCCCUUUAUUUUACUAUAAAGCUCAAAAUCAUUCUGUGGUCUUAUUUUCAAUAGCCAAAGCUAAAGCACUUUGAAACUCAUCAAGCCAGCCAGCAAUGAUCCAGCAAUUUAUUAAGCCUUCAUCAAAUCCAGUAUCUAUUACUAGAAUUCUGUGGAAACAAAAUGCUAAAACAAAAUAUUUUUUGAUUAUAAAUCUGCUGAAAUUUCACGAAAAACCUGAAGACUCUACAAUAAAACCUCAAAUGCAGCUAAAAAAAAAUAGGUCUUAUUCCCAAUUAUAUAAUUUUAAAUACACUGAUUUUAUACAAAAAACAUCUAAAUCUAUAAACAACCCUUACAAAAUAAAAAUUCAGAAAAAAUCAAAUAAAUCGAAAAACUUAGCACAUACAUUUUGCAAUUUUUCUGGAAAUUCUAUAGUUAAAGCUUCAAGAUCUUUAAUUUCGAGGUCGUUUAUGGAAUUAGCAGACCAGGAAAAUGAAAACAUAAUUAAUGAAUCAGCUGAGCCAAAAGGAUUUGAAAGCUUUUUAGUCCAAACUAAAAAUACAAACAGUUGCUUUGCAGUCCAAAGCAAAAUUAAAAUACAAGAAAUUGACACAAUGGCGAAUCAGCUUGUUUCUUUUUUUAAUAAUUCUGUAUUUAAAGGUAGAAUUAUUAAAGGAGUUGUUCUUGAUUUUGUACAAAAUGUAGAUAAAAAAUGAAUUUUUUUGGAUUUACAAGAAUGGAUUACGACUGAUAAAUCAGCGGUUGAGUGUCCAGGAAGAGGAAAGGCCAUGAAAUCUUCAGAGAGGAGCCAAUCUGUAGACCAUAGCAGAAAUAGCGUAUAUGAGGAAUCAGAAAGUGAGCCUGAUAUAGAAGAAAAUGAAAUCUUACAGUUUGAAAAAGAAGAAACUAAUGCUGAAAAAGAUAAACUUCCUUUUAAGAUAAGAAAAAAAAGAAUUUCUGUACAAAAAAAUGAAUUAAACGAAAAAGAUAUUGCAGAAAGAUACUGCAAAGUAACGCAGAAAGUUAACAACCUCAAAAACCAAAGCCAAAGUGCUGCACAUUUAUUAGUAAAUCUUAAAGAGCAAAGCAUUCAAUCAUAUAGCACGAUUUUUAAAACAAGAAAAAUUAAUUCAGUCCAUUUUGCUGAUCAUUGUAAAAAUCCACAUUUAUCAUCAAAUAGUGAAAAUAAUGAUACAUCAAUUAGAAAACACUAUACAAAUAUAAUAAAUCAAUUUGAUGCUAUCAAAUUUAACUCAAAGCUCUCACACUUAAGAAAUGAAAGCUUAAUUUUAAAGUACGGGAACAGUUUUUGAAAUCAAUUUAUAUGCUAAAUUAAAACUAAAAUAAUCAAUUAUAUUAAUAUUUAUAUUUUUAAAUAUAUUCAUUACAAAAUAGAAUAAUUUGCCUUUUUCAUAGUAUUCUCGGCAAUGAUAUAUUAAAUAAAAGAUUCAAAGACACCAAAUUGGAAAAUUUUACAAUGAUUAUAGAUGGUUUAUUUAAGGUUCUUAAUGGGCAAGUUAAUUUAGAAUUCAGAAGAAGAGUUAGAGGAGUGCACAAAAAAUUGGGAAUUUCUGAAAAAGAAUUUGACUGCUUUGCAGAUAUUUUUGAAAGGAGUCUUGCAGAUAAUAAAAUGGAGACUCAAGAUCUGCAGGUUGUAAUGUCUCAAACACGGUCUAUGAAAUGGCUUGUAUGCAAUCAAUCGCAUUCGAAAUAA